CCCGGCAGGCCGAGGCCGGGUCCUUUGGUUCCGGUUCCGGACCCAGGCCCAGAGCUGGGAGCGCUGCCGUGCGCCAGCAGAUACAGCAUAUGGUCUGUUUAAAGUAAAGAUGUCUUUAAAUCCAUCUACAUUUUUGAACCAAGAAAGGAAUCAGAAAUUAAAAAGAAAUUUUGAAUGUUUGAAAAAUUCACAACAACAGACUGCUUCAUCACUUCAAGAUAACCCACUUCAGAAUUUACAGUUAGCAUCCUGGGAAGUUCUUGAAAAGGCCCAAAAAAGUGGGAGAUCAAAGUGCCCAAGAUGCGGUAGUUCAAGGAUGUUUUAUUGUUAUUCAUGUUAUGUUCCAGUUGAAACUGUGCCUACCAAAGAAAUUCCAGUUGUGAAGCUUCCCUUGAAGAUUGAUGUAAUUAAACACCCAAAUGAAACUGACGGCAAAAGCACUGCUGUCCAUGCUAAACUCCUAGCACCUGAAGAUGUGACCAUUUAUACAUAUCCUUGCAUUCCGGACUAUGAAGAAAAAAGACAUGAAAUUGCACUUAUCUUUCCUGGUCCUAACUCAAUUUCGGUAAAAGAUAUUAUUCUCCAUCUGGAAAAAAAUGUUAGUUGUGGCAGUGAUGAUGAUUCUUCAUCAGAGCCAUUUCUCAAGAAGGCAAAAAUAGAAACAAAAGAAGAUCGAAACCUAAGUGAAUGCAAAUCAAACAGCAGGAGUGAAGACACUGUACUGAAGAGAGUAAUAUUUAUUGACAGUACUUGGAAUCAAACCAACAAAAUAAUCACCGAUGAGCGACUUCAAGGGUUACUACAAAUUGAGUUGAAAACAAGGAAAACUUGCUUUUGGCGUCAGCAGAAAGGAAAGCCAGAUACGUAUCUUUCUACGAUUGAAGCCAUUUAUUAUUUUCUUGUGGAUUAUCACCAGGAGGUUUUAAAAGAGAGCUACAAAGGACACUAUGACAACUUGCUUUUUUUCUUUUCAUUUAUGUACACAUUGAUAAAAAACGCCAAGAAUUCUGCAGGAAAAGAAUAAGCCAAGACAUCUGUUUGUUCUUUCUUUAAUUAUGAUAAAGUGUAGUAAUAUAAUUUUUUGACGAAAUGACAUUUGAGAGUUCAAUAAUAAAACUGUGUAUUGCA